UAUUACAAUCGGCUCCCGUUAUUUUUCUGAUUUUUUUAUUUAUUUUUUUAGCAGCGUGAAAUUACCGGUAAAUAUUCCCGGUUCGCGUAUUCACGUUUCUAUAUUCGUUACGUGUUGCGUUUUAAAAGCUAACGCUGGUUACCUGGUUACCUGGUUACCGGUUACCUGGUUACCUGGUUACCGGAGAGUGCUACGUGGACAGUUAACCUCCGUUGCCCCGGGAUACAGCUGUUAAUCUAGAUAUAACCUUAACAAUAACACAUAUUUAUAACUAUUGUAAGUAUAAAUGUUUUAAUUAAAGGAGAGUUUUAGGUGGAGAAGAGUCAGUACAGAGUUAGCAUGGAGGUCAGUCUGUGCUUCAUCCUCCUGCUGCUGAUUUAAUGUUUAAUUAAUUAAAGAAAGAAAGGAUAAUAUUAAUCUUUAUAUGAGCUGUGAGUCUGUAAACAUGAUGUAUUCAUCCAGAAGGAAACCUGUCCUCUACUUCAAAGAGGAGCGAAGGUUUCUUUCAGGUAAAUGUACGAUCUACAAGCUGUUUGGUCUCUGCAUGGUGCUGGUGCUCGUGUCUCUGCUGUGGCUUCAGCUCAGCUGUUCAGGUGACAUGUCGGCCUCGAUGCACGACGCCGGACGCCUCCAGCAGCAGCCUCCUCCUCCUCCCUGCCCCGCAGACAGUCGGGCGUCUGCAGCGGACGACCCUUCAUGGGGUCCUCACAAACUAGCCAUCAUCGUCCCCUUCAGGGAGCGCUUUGAGGAGCUGCUGCAGUUUGUUCCCUUCAUGCACACCUUCCUCAACAAGAAGAAGAUCAGACACAAGAUCAUCAUCAUCAACCAGGUGGAUCACUACAGAUUUAACCGAGCGUCUCUGAUCAACGUCGGCUACGCGGAGAGCGGGAAUGACACGGACUACCUGGCGAUGCACGACGUGGACCUGCUGCCUCUGAACGAAGCUCUGGAUUACGGUUUCCCCGAGGAAGGACCGUUCCACGUCGCCUCGCCCGAGCUGCACCCGCUGUACCACUACAAGACCUACGUGGGAGGAAUCCUGCUGCUCACCAAGAAACAUUACCACAUGUGUAACGGGAUGUCGAACCGGUUCUGGGGUUGGGGACGAGAGGACGACGAGUUCUACAGAAGACUGAGAAAAGCUGAACUGCAGCUGUUCAGACCGAGCGGCAUCACAACAGGAUAUAAAACCUUCAUGCACAUCCACGACCCGGCCUGGAGGAAGAGAGACCAGAAGAGAGUCGCAGCUCAGAAACAGGAGCAGUUUAAGGUGGAUCCGGAGGGCGGACUGACCAAUCUUCGUUACCAGGUGGAGUCCCGACAGGAGCUGGUGAUCAGUGGCGCUUCCUGCACCGUCAUCAACAUCAAACUGGAGUGUGACCAGAACCAAACCCCCUGGUGUCUCCUGAUUUAGGACGGGAGUCUGGCUUCGUUUUCGGGGAGGCUUUAAUGUUGUUUUUUUACAUUUUUUUUGGAAGCACGUUCGUGUUUCUGUCUUUUUUUCUUUUUUUUUUUUGUUAAACUGGAGAACACAGACUCAUCUCCAGCUGAAAUCAACUGUUGCUUUACUGGUACAAAUCUGGAGUUUAAUAUCGCUGAGGAUGAAACAAACAUUUACCUCUUUUCAGGUACAACAACAAUGAAACUGAUGUUUCACAAGCCAAUAAAAAACACGACAGUGGACUAAAACCUUCUAAUAAUAACAGGCGCUGAGCUCACUUCAGUUCAGACAAGUGUUUUUUUUUUGUUUUUAAACUGACAUCGGCUUGUUUUUCUGAGCCAAACCAAACCAGGCUGAACUGAACUAGCAUGGCCAAAAAAAUCAGCUGGUAAAUUUGUAUGUCCUUUAUUUUUAUUUUUAUUUUUUUGGUACAUGCGGGCAUGGUGUGAAUGCAAACUUCAAAGUCUAUAUUUUUUACUCUGGGCUUGUGCAAAAAAAAAAAGGAGCAGAGAUGAUGGAGGUGGAGGUGGACGCCGAUGCUAACGGAGCAUGCUCUCAAACAUCUGCCAAAAUAUGCAUCACGCUGUGACAUCACGCUGUGAGAUCACGCUGUGAGAUCACGCUGUGACAUCACGCUGUGACAUCACGCUGUGACAUCACGCUGUGACAUCACGCUGUGACAUCACAGAGACAAACGAUCAAAUAUCAAACUUCUCAGAAACACAAAAAGUAUGUCACACAAUGCUGACUACUUAAAAACUUCUAUAUCUCAUGCUUUUAUUUUACAGUGAAGGAAGUGACGUCUUAACAAGAGGAAGCAGGAACUAUGUGUUUUAUUUUAGCUUCUCUUCAAAAUAAAACUGAGCCAAACUGAAUCAGAUUAUGAUGCUGAGAUGGUUUAGUGAAGCAAAACCAUGAAAUAAAAUACUAGUAGAGAAUAAUCCCACCAAACAAACAGAAAAUACUUUUAUUUUGACAAAGAUCCGUAUAUAUAUUGUUGUUGGUUGUUUUUGCGACGUCUUUGGUGCCAUUUACACUUUUUAUUUCAAAUGACUCAAAUCUGAUGAAAUGGAAUAAAAUUUAAGACAUUUGUUUACAUCAUUUCUUUAACUUUAAAUUGACUCUUAAUAACUUUGUAUUUCUAAUAUCUGCAGUUACAGAAGGUGUUAAGAAGUGAUAUUCUUUUAACUUGGUAGUGAUUCUCAAAGGCAUUAAAAGUUAUUUACAUUACAACAUUAAAAGAUGCAUUUUUAUUUACUGAUUAUUUCCUGAAAAAUACAAAAAUAUGAAAUUAAAAUGAGAGAAACAAACAGGAGCUUGAUGAGAAGAAAGAUCAUGAUGGUGCCAAUCUCUAUUUUUUUUUUAAAUAUAUAUAUUCUUUUAAUGUUAUUUUUUGAUCAUUUCUUUUAUUUGUUGUGUCUUAGGUUUUAUAUAUAUAUGAACUGCUUCAUAGCUGUUUGAUCAGAUCUCAAACUAAGUCAAAUAAUACAAACCAAAACUCAGGAGAUUUAUGUUUAACUAAUAUUUUUGUUUUCAUGUUUAAAAUUUUCAAGUUUACCCAUCAGAAUUUUUUUUUUUUCGGGUUUGAAAUGUCUCAAGAGCGUUCAUAAUGUUGAAGAAGUGAUGACGUCAUGCUAAAUUUACAUUCAUCUCAUCAAAGUCUGCAAAAGGGGAAACAUCUGGGAACUUUAUUUUAAGUCUUACUGGUUAAAGAAUGAGCCCAGAGACAUAGGCAAGUAUUUCUGUCAUGGAAAUGAUAUUUAAGAUUUGAAAAAAUGUCAUAAAAAGGGAAAGCAAACAAUCACUACUAACUGCUGCUUACUUAAUUAUAAAUACCAGAAAUGUAACGUCACACAUUUCAAAUUUACCAAAAAGAAGACGUCUCUUAAUGUCGUCAUUUACAGCAUAAAGAUCCCCCAUGUUGGAAAUUAAGAUUAUUUUAUGUUUUCUCCAUUAUCACAAAAAUAUUGGUUUUCAUUGGUGGGAUGCCAGUGAGGGAUCUCGACCUCAGAUUUACGACCAUUUCAGCUUUUAAAACAACUGGAACAAAAGUUUUGUGAAUUAAAAGUGCAAUACAAAUUAAACGCAUUAUUUUAUUGUUGAUUUUAUAUGAUUUUACCAUUUUAUUGUUUUUAAAUGCAGAGUUUUGGCUCCUUUUAAACCACCAAAAAAAAGACGUUGAUAAUCAAUGAAACAGUCCUGAAAUGCAUCUUCAACCCGGACUUCUUCUGAAUCUGUCAGCGUGCAUCGUUCCUGUAGAAAACGUCGUUAACGGUUCUGUUACAGUCUUGAUGGUUUAUGUUUUUAACGUAGAGGAGGCUGCUGUCUCGGCCUCUGUUGUUGUAAUGUGCUAAUCGGCCUCCAGAGGGCGCUGUUGGGUUGUUAAAAAAAGGGCCUUAAGUGAUGGGUUAAGACAUUUACAGGCCGUGAUGUCAUACUGAUUUUAUUUUCAAGAGACAACGGUACCGUGUAUUUGUACAAUAUUCAAUAUUUAUAUAAAUCUGACGCU